AUGGAGAAGAGCAAGGUACCUCUGCUGGAACCUGCUUGGCCGCCGGCGGACAUUGAUAGGCGGAGCAGCGCCGGGGGAGAUGAAAGUGAGAAGGAGGAAGGGCUGGGGCAGCGGCUGGUGGAGGAGAACAGGAAGCUGUGGGCGGUGGCGGGGCCGUCCAUCUGCACACGCUUCUCCACGUUCGGACUCACCAUCAUCAGCCAGGCCUUCAUUGGCCACAUCGGACCCACAGAGCUCGCCGCCUACGCGCUCGUCUCCACCGUCCUCAUGCGCUUCAGCAUCGGCGUCCUGAUGGGCAUGGCGAGCGCGCUUGAAACGUUAUGUGGUCAGUCGUACGGUGCCAAACAGUACCACAUGCUAGGAAUCUACCUCCAACGCUCAUGGAUCAUCCUCUUCGCCUGCGCCGUCGCCAUGCUCCCCAUCUACCUCUUCACCUCCCCGCUCCUCGUCUUCCUCGGCCAGGACCCUGCCAUCUUCGCGGUCGCCGGCACCAUCGCCCUCUGGUACAUCCCCAUCAUGCUCUCCAGUGUCUGGUCCUACACGCUCCAGAUGUACCUGCAGGCGCAGAGCAAGAACGCCAUCAUCACCUACCUCGCCUUCCUCAACUUCGGCAUCCACCUUCUCCUCUCCUGGCUCGCCACGGCUAGGUUCCACCUCGGUCUCGCGGGGGUGAUGGGCUCCAAUAUCAUCGCCGUGUGGAUCCCUGUAUUUGGGCAGCUUGUCUUUGUCUUCUUCGGUGGAUGCCCUCAGACGUGGACAGGGUUCUCAUCAGCUGCAUUCGCCGAUCUCGGUGCUGCCUUCAAGCUCUCCAUGUCCUCUGGUGUGAUGCUUUGUUUGGAAAUGUGGUACAACACAAUAUUGGUCCUCCUGACUGGGAAUAUGAAGAAUGCACAGAUUGCACUCGACGCUCUUUCCAUAUGCCUUAACAUCAAUGGAUGGGAGCUGAUGAUUUCAGUAGGAUUUUUGGGUGCAACCGGAGUGCGAGUGGCAAAUGAGCUUGGUGCUGGAAGUGCGAGGAGGGCCAAGUUCGCCAUCGCCAAUGUGGUCAUCACUUCCUUCUUCAUCGGAUUUGUGUUGUUUGUAUUCUUCCUUUUCUUCCGCGGGAACAUCGCGUACAUGUUUACCGAGAGCCGAGCAGUAGCUGGUGCGGUGGCCGACCUUUCGCCUCUCCUGGCAUUCUCUAUUCUGCUGAACAGUGUUCAACCAGUGCUAUCAGGCGUUGCUGUUGGUGCGGGCUGGCAAAGUGCGGUCGCCUAUGUUAACAUCACAUCCUACUACAUGAUUGGCAUCCCACUUGGGGUAGUGCUUGGUUACAUUGUCGGAUUUCAAGUUAAGGGCAUUUGGAUUGGGAUGCUGGUAGGCACACUGGUUCAAACUGUUGUACUUGUGUUCAUAACACUUGGGACUGACUGGCAAAAACAGGUAAAGAUUGCUCAUGAGAGGCUGAAGAGAUGGUACAUGGACGAGGACACAAGAUUGCAAGGUUCGGCUGGAAAAUAA